CCCAAACACGUCGAUUCAAUUUUGCUCGCGUCGGACGACGACGUACGAUAAGGUCGCUCAGAAACAUGGCCACUGUCGGUCUGAGGGCGUUCGAGAUGUUUGCCAGCAGGCUCUCAUGCAGGCUACCCCGUAUUCACGCCUUCACCCUGCGUUCGCUGACUACCGGGACGGCGGCGACACCGCCGCCUCUCAAUUCUCGGUUUGUACCCCCUGCAUCUCUCGAAACCAUGGACGAAGUAGAACUGGAGGGAGACCAGGUCGACUUCGACGUCAGCAGCCCGCCACACCGACCGCGCCCCGAGAACAGGCGUCCAGUACCACCGUCACCUGCCUUCUACACCGCCCGGUCGCUGUACUACGAUACCCUCGUCCAACUACAGGCCGCCCUCUCGCUGUCCCGUCGAGCACUCCGAGCACAACAUCUUCUCCCCCUCCCUCCGUUUGCUUUGCGAGCUCUCCCACCGGCCCAACCCGCUUGGGCCAACAAGGCCGAAAUGAGUCUCAUCCUCCAAGCACCCCUUACUGCUCGCAUGUAUAAGCGCGUCGUCACCCUUCUGAAGGAGCUCGAGCAGUGCGAGCGCAUAGCCCGCAUUGCCGAUUCCACCGAGCUGGAGGAUGCUAUCACGGACAUUACAAAGGGAUUCGAAAGUAAAAAGGGUAUCCAGGCACGCGACACUCGCAUACGAGCACGAGAGGCGAAGGAGAAAGGUCCUCUUGACAAGUACGGCCGAAGCUACACCGUCGGUCGUAGAAAAACGAGCACUGCGCGUGUCUGGAUGAUCGAGGUGCAAAAACCCAAAGACGACGCAUCCGUGCCCGCUGCGAACACCAAAUCGAUUUUAUCUUCGUCCAGUGCAACCACCCCCCCACCUCCUACCUCAAUUGUUCUCAUCAACUCGGUUCCCAUCUCAGACUACUUCCCUCUCCCAGCUGACCGCGAGCACGUUGUGCGCCCUCUCAAACUCGCUGGUCUCCUUGGCGCGUUCAAUGUUUUUGCUCUCGUUCGCGGCGGAGGUACCUCCGGUCAGAGUGGAGCCAUUGCUCUCGCUGUAGCUAAGGGCUGUGUUGCACAUGUACCGGAGGUGGAACCAAUUCUUAAGAAAGCCAAGUUGUUGAGGAGAGAUCCCCGCAUGGUCGAACGGAAAAAGACUGGCCUGGCCAAGGCAAGGAAGCGAUACACUUGGGUCAAGCGUUAGUCUGCCAGCCAGAAACUGCAUCCCAACACCCACAGCUGCUC